CAAGAGUGUCCGUGUAUCGAUAGCUGUCCCAAUUUUAUGACAACAUGGUGUACCUGUGUUGUUUUUUGUUUGGCCAGAUUUGUUUAAGUCCUCAUAUAUGAGUUCAGAAAUGGAUACUAUCAAUUCAGUAAAGCAAGAACAAGCUACAUCUUCCGGGCAUCAUGUGUCUGGAAAAGCAGAAAGUAAACAUUCUAGGCAGAGUAAAUCUGCAGAGAAAUCUAAUCACCAGCUGGUAGCUGAUGUGGUGCAUAGUAAAAUUGUACCAGCGCAAUCAAUGAAUUUGUUAAAAACUCCUAGGAUGCCCUCAACUCUUGAUGACUUUGAAGUGGUCACAACAAUAGGAACAGGUUCCUAUGGAACCUGCAAAAAGAUCAGGAGGAAAAAAGAUGGAAAGGUACUUGUGUGGAAAGAGAUGGACUAUGGUUCCAUGACAGAAUCAGAAAAGCAGAUGCUUGUGUCAGAGGUCAACUUGUUACGUGAACUUCGACAUGAACACAUUGUCCGUUACUAUGAUCGCAUCAUUGACCGCAAUAACACCACCAUCUACAUCAUCAUGGAGUUUUGUGAGGGUGGGGAUCUUUCCACACUCAUUGCUAAAUCCAGAAAGGAGGGUUUGCAUGUUGACGAAAACUUUGCAUGGAAAAUUCUCAUACAAAUGACUUUGGCUCUACAAGAAUGCCACAGACGAAAAAAUGGCAAAGCUGUUCUUCAUCGUGAUCUCAAGCCUGCAAACGUGUUCCUUGAUGCAGACAGGAAUGUAAAACUUGGAGACUUUGGACUAGCCAGAGUACUGCAUCAUGAAACAAGUUUCGCCAAGACCUAUGUUGGAACUCCAUAUUACAUGUCUCCCGAACUAGUCAACAAUAUGUCGUACAACGAGAAGUCUGACAUCUGGGCUAUGGGGUGCAUGCUGUAUGAGCUGUGUGCCCUCUACCCUCCAUUCACUGCCACAAGUCAAACAGAACUUAAUCGCAAGAUCCGCAUUGGUGACUUCGCUCGUCUUCCAAUUCGGUACUCAGACCAGCUGGACCAAGUGAUUAGGAAGAUGAUUAGAGUUGAGGUUGUUCGAAGGCCAGGCAUUGAGGAUAUUCUGAGUGACAGUCUUGUGGUGUGUAUGAGAGAUAGAUUAUCCCGCCGCAGUUCUCGCAGUGAGAGUGAUACCUCAGCACCACCACCAACAGAUAGAAUCUCACGCCAGGAAGAGGAACUACGUGCUAAGCUCAGACAAUUGGAUCUUCGUGAGAAGGAGCUUGAUAGUAGAGAGAGAAGUCUUGCAUUAAAGGAGAAACUUGCAGAUGAUAAACUGAAAAGAGCUAUGGAUCUCCUGUCUCAGUGUAAACGUCAAGGAGGGUCUGUGAUAGACGAGAAUCUCUACUGCAGCCCCAGGGUGGCGGAGGGAUCCCCCACCCCUAUGCCAGAGUUAACUGAUCUAGAGUCUCCUCAAUCUUGUCUUUCCAAAGGAAAGAAGGAGGCAGACACUCCAAAGAAACGUGUUUCCUUCGACAUGUACGGCAAGGAGAAUCUUCGUCAACGCCAGCGUUUCCCUGACUACGUGACUGAAGUGAAAGAUUAUGAUGACAUGUACACAAAAGAAUUGGUAAAGCGCCAAGAAAUCAAGGACCGAUUGAUCAAGGCAAAAGUUAGGGCCUUUGACUAUGGAGGAGUUGAUUUAGAUACAAAAUAUAAGACCCGCAAUUUGUUAUACUUCCGUUAAUAUCUAUUGUGUGAAAUUAAUCAGGUUGUUAGCCAUCUUGAAUCAUGUGUUUUUAAUUGUGGCCUAGGGCUAUUUAUAUAGAGAGAGAACUAUCAGAGAAGUCAUCUCAGGAAUUUUGAUGAUUUGUAAAUCUGAUGCUUAAACAGUUCUUUGUAAGCAGAAUCUAUAUUAGAAUUUGCUUGCCGAGGCCAGCCAGUUAAAGUGAUUUGAAUGUCGUGUGAUAAUGGCUGCCAUAUUGUUAUGAGAGCUUUCAUUCACUUGUGAUAAUUUAGUUUUGCAUCUUGUUUUUUAAAAGUAAUGACAAUAUCAUGCUGUUGGAAUUCCUUAUUCCAAGUUUAAAGAUCCAAGGCUGAGCUCUUCUUGGGACUACUUGUUUUUGUAUGUGAGAGUACAAAUACAUGUUUAGUUCUAUCAAGAAUUUCAAUUAAUUGGCAUUAGAAAAUGUUUGGCUUGAUGUUGGUGUAUUAACAUUGUGGACAGUGUGGUACAGGGGUAUAAUUUGAGAUGGGUGAAAACAUUAUUAAUUAUUCACAAUGCUAACUUAGUGCUACAUGAGUUUUGAAGCAUAACAGUUGCAAAUGUCAGCACAAAGACCUGGAAGUCUGAAGUUGAUUUACCUGUGUUUCCAAGGUAGUUUUUUUGUGUGUGUGUGUUCCAGACGUCAGGAAUGGUAUUGACUCAGUACAGCUGUUAAAGAAAUCCUACUUUCAUGUGUUAGAUAUAUGAACUGCUUCAUGUGAAGUGUUAAUUUCACCUCACUCGGAAUGCUGAGUUUGUAAGAUUGAGGAACAGAACACAAUCUCAUUAGAAUCAGGUCUUAAGGCUGGCUACUGCUUCCUAAAGGUCUGAGGAGAACCCAUUACGGGCUAUGUCUACAGUCAGAAUGAUCUUCCGCAAACUUUGACGGACCAAUGAAAUGACUAUUACAGGAAGUCGACAGGAGCCAAUCAGGAAGCAGCUUUCUGUAGCUUUAUGGCACUAGUUUCAAAAUGGCAGCUUCCAUUACAGACUUUGCUUUGAAAACAAAUUGACAAGGUUUUCAAUUCAGAAUUCAAAAACUGAACAACAGGAGAAUCUGGAAUGUCUAAUUGAUGGCAGAUAUUGUAUGACAGUACUUCCACAGACCAUGGAAAGUGUUUUGUUUCACAUAUAUUUAUCCCAUUGAAGCGAGAGAUAGACGAUGAUUUCGUUUGGAAUGCCCAAUGUGAGGUUACAGGAUCAGAAAACACAUUCAGACUUUCACUUUUGUGAUGUUUAAGCAAUGCUCUGAUUGGUCGGCUGAAAGGUCGUUCUUGGAUGACCUGUAAUGGGAUGUCUUUGUGUCGCCGUAGCGAGGACUAAGAUCUGAUUUUAAUGAGAUUGAAACAGAACAUUUCCCAAACUAAAUUUGCAAAUGAUUUUCACAGAUUUAGAAAGGAUACUAAGAUGGUACAGAUAAAAACAGUUCUGAAAAAUAUUGUUCUCUUUCUUUCUGAAAUAAUAAAUUUUGAGUUAUAGAUAAUGAGAAUUUGAUAUGAAAAAGUGAAUUUUGAGUGCUAUUCUACUUGAGUUUUGUGUUUCUGGGUAGUACUGUAGUGUUACCAGUUUAGUGUGAUAGCGGUAGCCACUACUACAAGUUGUGUUGCGUGUGUUUACAAAGAAGUAUUUUAGAUUCAUCAAUCAGUAUUUCCUUUUUUUUCAUAUCAAAGUUGAAACUUCCUGUGAAACUAUUUGUUUAUCAUGUCUUUCGUUUUUUCUAACGUUUGUUAGAAUUGUCUGUAUUGAAUGAGUAGUGUUGUUUCCCAAAGAAAGGCCAUUCACUUUAUAAUAAUUAGUUAUUGCUUCAGUCAAGUACACUGUCAAGGGACAACAACAUAGAAUAUAGAUGUUUACUAGUGAGCUUAUUAGGACCUAUUUACCACGCUUGAACUUUUCUAAUGUAGAAUACCAUCAUAGAACUUGUCUUUUCAAGCUCUAGUCAGCUUUUCGUGGCAUUUUCAUUGUGUCAAUGUUAGUAGUAGAAAAGUUCAAAUUUGUCUUGUUGAUAUCAGAUACUAUGCUUCAUAACAAUGUGUUUGAUAUUUGAACACCUUCGAUAUUUCCAAGAAGUCUUUUCCUUCAUCCAUUUUCUCAAGUUCAGACAACGAAAUAUGUAACUAAUAAAUAAUAUGAUUGAUGCGUGAGUUCUCUGUAAACCUGUAAAGUGCUCAAGGUUGAUUUCAAGACAGUUAUCAAGUACAUUCAUUUUCAUGGUUAUUGUUCAUUGAUACAAAAGAAACUUGGAUUCCAAGUUUUCAAUAACAACGAAAGGAGUGUAAAUUAUGAGUAUUGUUGGUACCAAAAGGUACGCUUUGUCUGUAUUGUAAGCUGUGAUCUCAUGUUGGCUUUGAUUUGUUAGUUUGUUAGGUUGUUAUGUUCAUUGGUGGUUGUGAUUUCAGUUGAUCAGUUGUAAUUUAUUUUGUGUAUGAAUGUUAUUUAUUUAUAUCAUCAUGUGCAUUUUUUGCUUCCAUGAAAUGUCCAUAAUUUACGCAUAGUUUUCAGGCCAAACCUUUUUUUUAAAAUUGGUUUACAAUUCUGCUGAAUGCAAACUUGUAUUUUAACAAUGAAAAACACUACAUAUAUGUUUCAGUCCAGGACUGACUUAAUGAACACUUCACACAUUGCAUACUUAUUUAUGUAACUGUAUGAAUUGUAUUUUUAGUUUUUAAAUUAUGAUUCUUUGUCAUGAAAUUAACAGGGUAAUUAACCAGAAAAACUUGUAAAACAAAAGGAAAAAUGUGUGGCCUCAACUUCGCAGUCCUGACUUCCUUGUUUGAGCAGCAGCUUCCCAUAGUGCCUUUAAUCACCAUCAUUAGGACUGGAGAAAAGGGGCAACAGUUAAAACCUCUCUUAUAGACGCCAUGCAACAACGGGUGUCAAAUGUAACAAGUCAACUAAUCUGGGAGUUGUAAGAAUCCAUGGAGGACUGUUGAUGAGAGUAGAGAGUGAGCUCUGCGAUACAUGAUGUAGUUUAAUUUUUCAGAACUGAUAUCAUGCAGACCACAUCUUCGAAUGGGAAUACAACAUAAACAGACUUAGAAAUUUACGUUUAUCCCGUUGCCCUCCUUGUUAGUUCAUACUGCUUUGUAUGUUAUUGUUAUUCAUAUCAUAAUAAUCAUUUGAAGUCAAAUGUGGCAUUGAUCUUAUGACCAACUUGUUGGAUUGUUUCUAUCAGGCUUCCUGAACCGACUGUAAAAUGUCACUGUUGACUACAAUCCCCGCACUAGGGUGAAUGGCAUGUCUGAAUGGCAUGAUGUCUUCCUACACUGUGAUACAAGAAGACAGACAUAUCAUACUGGUUUCCUUUUAUAAUAAACUAUUAAAAA